UAAGAACUCCAAUGAACAAGUAAGUGGUAUCAGUCCUUAGUUGUUUCCUUGAGCAAAGACACCAUCGACUCUUGAACCGCUCGUUCGGUCCAGUUAUUAUACUAGAAGCCGUUGACCUGAUACUGGACUAUAUUCCGAAGACCUCAACAAUGAAGAAACUUUUCCUGCUACUGGGCUGUCUUUGCCUAGCACACGGUGGUCCCGCGAAGAAGCAAGUGCUUGAUCCUCAACUGGGUGGUUACGACUAUGGGUAUGCCCAACAUGAGUCUUCGCUAGGCCUGGCCGACUCGGCAGCGUAUUUGGACCCGGAACCAGGCUUAUCAGCAGUCGCGAUUAGCUCCCCUCGAGGUCCCACGAAACCAGGCUACAGCGUGGGCGGGCCGCUGGCCGGCAUCGCGAAAGGUGCAGCGGAACAGGCUCACACACAAUUGAGCAACCAGGAGUCCGCGGCCGGCCAGGCUGCGUAUGUUGCGAAAAACACGUUGGCACAGGCUGCAGCUCAAUCGGCUGCCACCGCAGCAGCUGCGCUCGCUGGCAAGCAGAUCGUGGUGCAGGGCCUGGAGCAGCAAUCGCGGGACGCCCACGUGGCAGUGGAUGGUGAGAAUCUGCAGUUGCAACAAGCGGAGCGUGCAGCGAACGCAGCGCGGACAUCCGCGAAGCAGGCGAUGCACCAGUUGCAGGUGAUCACGGCAGCUUUGAACGCGGCUCAGACCACGGCAGAUCGCGCGGCUCAGGCGGCCGCUGAGGCUUCUGCGGAAUUGGCAGCGCAAACCACAAUGCUGGGCCAGGCCAAGGCCCGAGCGGAAACCGUCGACGAGCAGCUCACAGCUGCGCGUUUAGAUUAUAAGACGACCGAAAACGCUGCAGAGAAUGCCGCAACCGCGGCUGCGGCAGCUCAGAAUAACGCGCAAGCCGCAGCUGCGAGCGUGGCGGAUAGUGCAGGUUCAGCUGCGCUUUUGAGCCACCAGCCUGUGGAAGUUGCGCAGCCGGUCAAACUACCGCAGGACGGUCCUCUCAGGAAGCCCAUCCUGGUUGCCGAAGGAAUCAAAGAGUCCGGCCCUCUCCUCCCGGCUGGAGGUCUCAAGGAAUCCGCGCUUUUAUCCGGACCUCUGCAGGGUCCCGGACCGCAUCUCGCGCAAGGACAGCUUCAACUAGGCGGGCCUCUUCUCGGACCCGGCCCCUUGCAGGAAGCCGGCCCUAUCCGAGCACCUGGCUAUCUGCAAGAAGCUGGUCCUCUCCGAGGACCCGGCUAUCUGCGAGAAUCUGUUCCUCUCCGAGGACCCGGCUAUCUGCUUGAAGCUGGUCCUCUCCGUGGACCCGGCUAUGUGCAAGAAGCUGGUCCUCUCCAAGGACCUCAUGGUGCUCUUCUAGCUUCCGCCGCGGCUGCGGACGCUGCCGAUCUUCGCGCAACCAAUGGAGUCUUUCGUUCCGAACUGAUUACUCUAGCCAACUCCUUACCUGCUGACGGUUACGACACCAAAGGCUAUCGCUAUUAGCUUCCCUUUGGGUCGACGAUCCAAUGGAAUCUAGUUGUUGCUCUUUGAGGUAGUUUCGUGUUGUCUAUACGGACACGGGGCGUAUCUGUUCAGCACCGAUUAGGGAAACGUGCUAACGAGGAGGAUUCAUAUUGCGGUGCGUAUUAUCGUUGCGUAUCAUCGUUGCGUAUCAUGUUUACGAAACAAGGUAUCCCCGUACAGAUUGAUACGCAACAGCGGUACGGCACGCAGUUGCCCAACAAGUAUAUCAACGAAUAUUUUGUCUGAUCGGUGCUGAAACGAUGUGUUCCGUGUCCGCGCAGAUAAUUUGCAUCUACUGUUCGGAAGUACCGGGGUACCGUUGCGUUCCAUAUGUCAGUCUAUGAAAUAAAACGUUGUUGAAACCACCCACUCCGAAUUUCAAAUCCAGCUCUGGAUCACGUCGUUUCUAUUUUCUUCAUUUCAACGGGAAGCUGUACGAUCGAAUGGUGUACUGGAGUUUCAAAUGUUCUGCGCAGGAUAUCGUGGUGUGAACAGAUAAAAACAAAUUAAUUUAUGAUCAUCUAGAGCGCAUCUUCAUCAUCUUAUUUCGCGUAAGAUUGUUUCUAAUCGACAGAUCGUUGGUUCGAACAGAGAUAUCGACGUUUCAUUGAGAAUCGAACAUUCAUCGAAAUUAUACAUUUUCAUCGUUGUGUUUUCGAAACAGUUAUGCGUUUAUUUUAUAUCCAAAAUUAAAAACAUAUUCUUUAAAGUGAA